CCUUCUACCUUCUCAAGUCUCUCCAUCCUUGUUUCUCUCUUUUAAAUCUCGCGAUAUCGAAACCUUAAUCUUAGGAAUGGCAAUGUUAACGAACGGGACUAAGUCGGCGUCGGAUUUCGCGAGGGUGACGGUGCCAGUUUACGUAGGGGACCUGCACCCUGACGUUACCAAUGAGAACCUCAUGGAGCUCUUCUCUACCAUCGGGGAAGUUGAUUCCGUUCGAGUUUGCCGAGAUUUUCACACCGGCUGCUCUCGGGGAUACGGUUACGUCAAUUACAUCUCCUGUCAGGAUGCAAUAAAUGCUAUUGAGAAAUUGAACCAUACUGUGUUGUGUGGAAAGCCAAUUAGGGUUAUGAAGUCACAUCAUGAUCCAGAUUUAAGAAACAGUGGGAUUGGAAAUGUAUUUGUGAAGAACCUAAGUAGAUCAAUUGACUCUGUCAAGCUUAAGGAGAUGUUUUUGAAAUUUGGGACUAUCUCGUCCUGUAAAGUGGCUACUGAAGAUGGAAAGAGCAAAGGAUUUGGAUUUGUCCAGUUUGAUUCUCAAGUUUCUGCAAAUAUGGCCAUUGAAAAUCUUAAUGGUAUAAUAGUUGAUGGAAAGAAAAUCUAUGUGGGUAAAUUCAUCAAAAAGAAUGAUAGAAAAUUACCAAAUCCGGAACUGAAGUUCACUAACUUGUACAUGAAGAAUCUGGACAAAGUCAUGACAAAAGAACUUAUUGAACUGAAGUUUUCUGAGUUUGGAAAGGUUUUUAAUGUGGCAAUUGAAAAGGAUGAAGAAGGAAACCCAAAAGGUUUUGGGUUUGUCAACUUUGCAAAUCCUGAGAGUGCCAAAAAGGCGGUGGAAGCAAUGAAUGGACUUCAACUAGGAUCCAAGAAGCUGUAUGUUGCAAGGGCUCAAAAAAAGGCAGAGCGGAAAACAUUUCUGUGUCAUACGUUUCAGGACAAACGCAAUGAACAAAUUAAAAAAAAUUCGGCUUCAAAUCUAUAUGUUAAGAACAUUGCUGAUAAUAUAGACGAUAGUAUAUUGUGGGAGCAUUUCAGUCAAUUCGGUACUAUUACUUCAGCUAAAGUUAUGCACGAUGAUAAAGGAAACAGUAAAGGUUUUGGAUUUGUUUGUUUCAGCACUCAGGAGGAAGCUUCCAAAGCUUUGAACACUCUUCAUGGACACUUGUUUUAUGGUAAACCUCUUUAUGUUGCAAUUGCCCAAAGGAAAGAGGAAAGACAAGCACAAUUGUUGCGUCAAUAUUCUCAGCGAAUGGCUGGAGUGACAGGCUUAGAUGCUGAUGUUGUCCCUACUAGCUAUCCUCAAGUUUACUAUAGCCCUUCUAAGGUUAUGAAAUGUUUUCCUUCUCAACAAUAUCUCAUGUAUAAAUCAUUUGGGUUGAGAUCGGGAUGUCAGCCAAGUGGAUUUGUUCGUCCAUCUAGACCAGUGCUUCAACGGAAUUCGUCUUCUAUUUUUUCAAGUACUUGGCAGCAAAGACCAAACUGGGCUGAAAUGAAUGCAGAUUUGCUGCCUCAAUCUGGGAAAUCUAUUCUAUCCUUUUCUCACUUGCUCCAACUUAACCAUUCUUUCAAUUCUAAUGGACAACAGACAAAUAAUGUACACUACGAAAGACAGGAAGAUAUGAAUGAUUUAAAACGGACUCUUCCUGCUUCUUCCAACACCGAAAGGAUGGAGAUGCUCAAUAGUAUGCUCGCUACCACUCCACCCCAGCAACAAAAACAAAUGCUUGGUCAACACCUCUUCCCGUUGGUUCAGAAACUCAAGGCGGAGUUGGCGGCUAAAAUUACUGGAAUGUUGCUACAGAUAGAUAACUCGGAAUUACUGCUGUUGCUGGAAUCACCUGAAGCGCUUGCAGCAAAGGUGGAAGAGGCUGCUGGAGUUUUGGAGCUCUCCAAGACCAAAAUGAGCAGCCAUGGUGCUAUUAGUUCUAACAAUUUUUCAUCUGCUGAGAUUGCGGUCAAUUAAUUGAUAAUAAUUCUUAAUAAAAGAUUUCGAUGACACGAUUAAUAA